AUGUAUUGUUGCUAUGGUUUGAAUCAAUUUUGAUAGUUGUCAUGUCUCCAUAUUCCACACUGGCUGCUCUGCAGGAUCAACCUUGUUCAAAACAGAAGUCUAUUACUUUCUUUGAGCAUGACAAAUCAACCAACGAGCUGCUACCUGCUUGUGUUGAAAUACCUACUGAUGGAACUGAUGAGUGGGAAAUUGACAUGAAACAACUCAGGAUUGAAAAAAAAGUGGCAUGUGGAUCAUAUGGGGAACUAUUUAGAGGAACCUAUUGUAGUCAGGAGGUAGCUAUCAAAAUUCUCAAGCCUGAGCGUGUAAAUGCAGAAAUGCUACGAGAGUUUUCUCAGGAAGUGUAUAUAAUGAGGAAAGUCCGGCAUAAAAAUGUUGUCCAGUUUAUCGGUGCAUGUACACGAUCACCAAACCUCUGCAUUGUGACGGAGUUCAUGACUCGGGGGAGCCUCUAUGAUUUUCUUCACAAACACAAAGGCGUUUUUAAAAUUCAAUCUUUGCUUAAAGUGGCACUUGACGUGGCCAAAGGAAUGAACUAUCUUCAUCAGAACAAUAUCAUUCAUAGAGACCUUAAGACUGCUAAUCUUCUUAUGGACGAACAUGAAGUUGUCAAGGUUGCCGAUUUCGGGGUUGCCAGAGUGCAGACUGAGUCAGGGGUCAUGACAGCUGAAACAGGGACAUACCGAUGGAUGGCACCAGAGGUCAUUGAGCACAAACCUUAUGAUCACAGGGCAGAUGUUUUUAGCUACGCAAUUGUGCUGUGGGAACUUUUGACUGGCGAAGUCCCAUAUUCUUACUUGACUCCACUGCAAGCUGCUGUUGGCGUUGUCCAAAAGGGACUUCGCCCAAAAAUUCCAAAGCAAACACACCCAAAACUGACUGAACUUCUUGAGAAAUGUUGGCAGCAAGACCCAGCUCAAAGACCCGAUUUUGCAGAAAUCAUAGAAAUGCUUAACAUACUAGUCCACGAGGUUGGAGAAGAUGAGCGCCAAAAGGACAAACAUGGUGGUUACUUUUCAGGCCUAAGGAAAGGCCAUCGUUGACACUCUCUCGAGUGCCCUGAAACUGUGGUUUGAUCGGUUUGAUAGAGCUCUACUCACUUUCUCGUUUUCCUUUUGUACAGUCUCUUAGAGCCUCACUCUUUUUGUCCAUGUAUUAUUUUUCUAGAGCAAUUUCCUUUUGAUACAAUGAUCACUGCAGAGUUUGAGUUGCAUUGCAAGUCAAUAAAGUUUAAACCAUUCUUUUGAAGAUGAAGCAAGUAUUAUUAUUAA